AGGCACCAUCCUUCAAUAAAAAUAAACUAACGAGUAAACAAUACAAGAAGUUAUUAUAAGACAUAACCACAAAAUCUACGGAGAUCUGACAUCGCUUAAAUAAGCUCAAAGUUUUAAACUAUGGAUCCUUAUCAGAAUCCUAAUCCGAAAGGGUACCAGGGACAUAUGCCAUAUGGCUCAGCCGGCGGUGAAGGUGGCAGCGGUGGCUCCGAUAUCCCCCACGGAACAGUUGAUAACAAGCAGAAGAAGAAGCUUCUCCACCGCGACAUCGAACGCCAGAGAAGACAAGAAAUGUCUACACUUUUUGCUUCUCUUCGUGGUCACCUACCUCUUCAAUACAUCAAGGGGAAGAGAGCUGUUUCCGAUCAUGUAAACGGAGCGGUGAAUUUUAUUAAGGACACGGAAACAAGGAUUAAAGAACUCAGUGCAAGAAGAGACGAGCUAAGCAGAGAAACAUGUUAUAAAUCUCAUCCGGAUCUAACAAGAACUGCAUCCGAGUUAGUCAACUCGGUUCCGGCGAGUGUGAUGGUGCAACCAUGCGUGAGUGGUUUCGAAGUGGUGGUGAGCAGCAACUCGUCGGGUCCAGAGGCUUUGCCACUCUCAAAAGUGCUUGAGGCACUUCAAGAGCUAGGGCUUGAAGUCAUCAGCACUCUCACCACAAGAGUUAAUGAGAGACUCAUGCACACUAUUAGAGUCGAGGUUAAUAGUUUUGGAUGCUUGGACUUAGCUUGGUUGCAGCAGAAGCUAGUUGAGGAGUUGAUACCUUCGACGGGGUACUAAUAAUUAAGAAAGAUAACACUCUUAGUCCUAAAGACUUCUUUAUAAAAUAUCUAAUGCAUUCAUCAUGAAACUUCAUAUUCGGAGAGGAUCUUGCAAUUUAUUCAUGGAAGGAGGCGUAGCUUAGGUUUAAACAAGUUCAGGUACGUACUGCUGUUAUGUUUGAAAGGGAUUUUAUGGGUAAGAUUCAUCAUCAUUCACCUCCCACACCGUAAAGAUUUUUGUUGUGUGUUUGCUUUACGUUUUGC